CUCUCCCGACUUGAAGCGCUUUCCACUUUCGUCCUCUCCUGCUCAAGAUGGUGGCUUCCCGGGCAGUUGGCAGCCUCAGCCGCUUCACUGCCUCCAGGAUGCUCCGUUGCCCAGGUUAUAUUUGCCGCAACUUUACAAGGUCCUCUGCUUUGCUGACCAGAACCCAUAUUAACUAUGGAGUCAAAGGGGACGUAGCAGUUAUUCGAAUUAACUCACCCAAUUCGAAGGUGAAUACUCUGGGCCAAGAAGUGCAUUCAGAGUUCAUAGAAGUAAUGAAUGAAGUCUGGUCUAGCAAUCAAAUCAGAAGUGCUGUCCUUAUCUCAUCAAAGCCAGGGUGCUUCAUUGCAGGUGCCGAUCUCAACAUGUUAACUGCUUGCACGACCCCUCAAGAGGUAACACAAAUAUCACAGGAAGCACAGAGAAUGUUUGAGAAAGUUGAGAAGUCCACAAAGCCUAUUGUGGCUGCCAUCAAUGGAUCCUGCUUAGGAGGAGGACUUGAGCUUGCCAUUUCAUGCCAAUACAGAAUAGCAACAAAAGAUAAGAAAACAGUUCUGGGUUCCCCUGAAGUCUUGCUGGGAAUCCUACCAGGAGCGGGAGGCACGCAAAGGCUACCCAAAAUGGUGGGUGUGCCUGCUGCUUUUGACAUGAUGCUGACUGGUAGAGGCAUUCGUGCAGACAGAGCAAAGAAAAUGGGACUGGUUGACCAACUGGUGGAACCGCUGGGACCAGGAAUAAAACCUCCAGAGGAACGGACAAUUGAAUACCUAGAAGAAGUUGCAAUUACUUUUGCUAAAGGACUAGCUGAUAAAAAGAUCUCUCCAAAGAGAGACAAGGGAUUGGUAGAAAAAUUGACAUCGUAUGCCAUGAGUAUUCCAUUUGUCAGGCAACAGAUUUACAAAAAGGUGGAAGAAAGAGUACGAAAGCAGACCAAAGGCCUUUAUCUUGCACCUCUGAAAAUAAUUGAUGUAGUGAAGACUGGGAUUGAGCAAGGGAGUGAUGCUGGCUAUCUCUCUGAAUCUCAGAAAUUUGGAGAGCUUGCAAUGACCAAAGAAUCAAAAGCCUUGAUGGGACUUUACCGUGGUCAGACCCCAUGCAAGAAGAAUAAAUUUGGAGCUCCGCAGAAGGAGGUUAAGUAAGUCAGCUCUACAUAGGAAGCCCCUGUGGA